UCGAUUACUGGCGCGCAGUUUGUAGCUGUCGCCGUUGUGAAUGAGAAAAUGCCUCCCAAGCGCGCCAGGAAAGCGGCUUCCAAGCCGGUUGCGACGCCACAGCCAGUUGAGCUUAACCAGGGUAAGCCAGUGCUUUACAUAGAACAUUGCCGAUCCUGACGCGUUUUUCGUCGCCGUGCCGAGGAGCUGCACGCUGCUUUGCAAACUCGCCUCAAUCUCGAUGGCGAGCAUCCAGUGCAGCUGCAGUUGCUGCUUAAUGGCGACGGAACACCAAAACGUGGCGCCUUCGAAAUAUCCAUUUCCACACAACCCACAAUUGAUGCUAAAGAUCGUCGUGCUCUUUGGUCCGGCUUGAAGCGCACGCCGCGUGCACAAAAAUUCCCGUCAGUCGAUGCGAUUUAUGAGCAGAUUGUCGAGGUACUUGCAGCAACCGAAAAAUCCUCCACGACAAAUGUGGAGCAGGCUGCCUCAAACACAUCCUCAACCUCAAGCACGUCCUCCCCCCCUUCCAAGCCGACCAAGCGCCGUCGUUUGGAUGCGGCCGACAAAUAAAUAGAAAAUACAAGUAUAUCAGAUGCCAUGUCCCAAAAAUGCCGAAGUAGCGCCUGAUGAACAGUGAGUAGCCAAGCCCCACAAGGACCUGCUCAUUGUGAUGAACUUUUUGCCUAUGCCGGCACUUGAAAGCCAUUGGCUAUAUCUAUUUUCUUAAAUUUGUUUUGUUUCAUAUCCAAAUAUCAAGCACACACAAUUGUUUUUCAAAUAUUAUUUAAAAUAUAACAUAUGUAUGUAUGUAUGCCUUACAACUGUAAAACUGUUU